AUGACGGGCGAAAAGAACACUGGCUCUGGGUCAGGAGACUCUCCAUUGAGUCAACCGGCCCAUGCUCUUCCUUACGAUGUCGUGAUUAGAGAACUCGGCACCAGACUCGAUGAGGGUUUGAGCACCGACGAGGCGAAACAACGUCUUCAACAGUAUGGCCCCAACAAGCUAGAGGAAGGCGAAGGGGUCUCUGUCAUCAAAAUCCUCAUCCGCCAGGUCGCCAACGCAAUGAUGCUAGUUAAGGGACCCACUUUCCUUUGUCAUGAUCCCCCCUUCGUUAUACAAGAGCUCCCAGAGUCUGAUCCAAUUCGUCGUUGCGGGUUCAUCUCCGCCGUGAUCGUGUUGAACAUCGUCGUCGGCUUCUUUCAGGAGUAUGCCGCCGAGAAGACCAUGGAAUCUUUGCAUUCGCUGAGUUCGCCUACCGGUACGGUCUCCCGAGACGGUCAGACCUUCUCGGUUCCCUCCGUGGAGAUCGUCCCUGGUGAUAUGGUUGAAUUGCGAACAGGUGAUACAGUUCCGGCAGAUAUCAGAUUGGUUGAAGCCGUGAACUUCGAGACGGAUGAAGCCCUCCUCACGGGAGAGUCUCUUCCCGUCCAGAAGGAAUACGACUCCACUUUCAAAGAGGACACUGGCCCCGGUGACCGUCUGAACAUUGCCUAUAGCUCCAGCACGGUCACCCGCGGCCGUGCCCGAGGUGUAGUUAUCGGUACCGGUAUGUCCACUGAAAUUGGUUCUAUUGCUGCCGCGCUACGGGCCAGCAACAGUAAGAAGCGUCCAGUGAAGCGUGGUCCCAACGGAGAGACCAAGAAGCGGUGGUAUGUCCAGGCGUGGACUCUUACUGGAACUGACGCUGUUGGUCGCUUUCUUGGUGUCAAUGUUGGAACUCCGCUGCAGAGAAAGCUGUCGAAACUGGCUAUACUUCUGUUUGGAGUCGCCGUGCUCUUCGCGAUCGUUGUAAUGGCUGCCAAUCUCUUCAGUGACAACAACGAAGUCAUCUUGUAUGCGGUCGGAACCGGUCUUAGUAUGAUUCCCGCAUGCUUGGUGGUCGUUCUUACCAUCACCAUGGCUGUGGGUACGAAGCGUAUGGUUGAACGGAAUGUUAUUGUUCGCAAGCUAGACUCUCUCGAGGCCCUCGGUGCCGUGACGGACAUCUGUUCUGAUAAGACGGGCACCUUGACUCAAGGCAAGAUGGUUGUCAAAAAAGCUUGGAUCCCCUCGAAAGGCACAUACUCCGUUGGCACAUCCAACGAACCCUUCAAUCCCACCGUUGGUGAUGUGACAUUCACUCCGGUGUCUCCUGCGCACUUUGACGAUGAAAAAGAAGGUGAACCUGCGGCGAAGCCCGAGGACCUCAUCCCGGGGAACCGUCAGUUGGAGGACUUCCUGGAUGUGGCAUCCAUGGCGAACUUGUCUCAUGUCUAUAAAUCCGACGAAGGAGAGUGGCGCGCUCGUGGUGAACCAACCGAAAUCGCCAUUGAAGUAUUUGCUUCGAGGUUCAAUUGGAAUCGCGACCGAUGGACUAAAGGUGAAGGUGCCGUGUGGCACCAGAAUGCAGAGUUCCCCUUCGAUUCCACUGUUAAGAAGAUGUCUGUCAUCUUCACUAAGGUCACUCCGCAAGAGGAACGCUCUAUGGUUUUCACCAAGGGCGCUGUCGAGCGCAUCAUCGAUGCAUGCACGACUAUCAUCUGGGAUCAAGACUCGUCUACACCCGUGCCCAUGACCGAUAGCCACCGUAGCUCGAUUCUUGAUAACAUGGAAGAGCUCGCCAAACUUGGUCUUCGCGUGUUGGCCUUGGCUCACCGGCCGUACAAAGAAGAAAGCCGUCUGCUCGAAGAUUCCGAUCUCAACCGUGACGAUGUCGAAAAGGAUCUCUGCUUCCUCGGACUGAUCGGUCUGUAUGAUCCUCCACGCCCAGAAACGGCAGCUUCUAUCGCAGCUUGCUACCGUGCCGGGAUUGAAGUGCACAUGGUAACUGGAGAUCACCCGGGCACCGCCAAAGCCAUCGCACAGCAAGUGGGAAUCCUCCCUGCGGAUCUCAGCACAGUGGCAGCCGACGUGGCUGACGCCAUGGUCAUGACUGCUGGUCAAUUCGACAAACUCACCGACGACGAAGUAGACGCUCUUCCCACCCUGCCUCUCGUCAUCGCACGCUGCGCUCCCCAGACCAAGGUCCGCAUGAUUGACGCACUCCACCGCCGUGGACGCUUCGCCGCCAUGACCGGCGACGGCGUCAAUGAUUCCCCGUCUCUCAAGCACGCAGAUGUCGGCAUCGCCAUGGGCCAAGCCGGCUCCGACGUCGCCAAAGACGCCUCAGACAUCAUCCUCACAGACGACAACUUCGCCUCGAUCCUCAACGCCGUCGAAGAAGGCCGGCGCAUCUUCGACAACAUCCAAAAAUUCGUCCUCCACCUGCUCUCCGAGAACAUCGCCCAAGCCUGCACCCUGCUCAUCGGUCUCGCCUUCCAAGACCUGGACGGCCGCUCCGUCUUCCCCCUCUCCCCUGUCGAAAUCAUCUGGAUCAUCAUGAUCACCUCCGGCAUGCCCGACAUGGGUCUGGGCAUGGAAGUCGCCGCCCCAGACAUCAUGGACCGGCCCCCACAAGACAAAGCCGGCAUAUUCACCUGGGAAGUCAUAAUCGACAUCCUCGUCUACGGCCUCUGGACAGCCGCCCUCUGCCUCUCAGCCUUCUCAAUCCGCAUGUGGGGCUUCGGCGACGGCAACCUCGCCCGCGGCUGCAACAGAGAAUGGUCCGAAGAGUGCGAUCUCGUCUUCCGCGCCCGCGCCACCACCUUCGUCUGCCUAACCUGGUUCGCCCUCUUCCUCGCCUGGGAAAUGGUCAACAUGCGCCGCUCCUUCUUCCGCAUGCAGCCCAAAUCCAAGCGCUACUUCACGCAAUGGAUGUACGAUGUCUGGCGUAACCCGUUCCUCUUCUGGUCCAUCAUGGCCGGCUUCGUCACGACCUUCCCGAUCCUGUAUAUCCCCGUCAUUAACAAGAUCGUCUUCAAACAUACCGGCAUCUCGUGGGAAUGGGGCAUCGUCUUCGUCGAAGCUAUCCUUUUCUUCAUGGGCGUUGAGGCUUGGAAAUGGGCUAAGCGCGUCUUCUUCCGUAGACGUGCUAGGGGCCAGCAUUCCCUGGCCCAGGCUAAUGCUACCCAGAUGCCUUAA